CAAUUGCUGCGUUUGCCGGCCAGCCUCUCGAGAAUCAGAUGAGGUUCCAAGCCGCCCGAUACAGAGUCCCCCGUAUCACCGACCACAAGCCGUCGGCUUUCGGGGCCCAGUCAAAUUAUGUCAUAUCGGACCCGACUUAGUGUGGGGCGUACAUUGCUGGGAACUAACCUCUGUCGACUCUCCACACCAUCUGAUCUCCUUGAGGACGGCUGAGAUUUGAGGACAAACUGCUCAGAGUCAGGCUGUGAAUACCAACGUUUCUUGACGGCCACAGACGGGGUCAUUAAUAUUCAAAUUUUUGACAGACUAUGAGACUAAGGUCUUUGCAAUUAACACCACGGUUUUCGCUUACUGGUUCCUCGACAUUGGGCAGUCUUGCUCGUUUUGCAUCAACAGUGUCAACAAUGACCGACUCCAAAUCGCGUCUCAUCGACGGAGCCUCAACCGUUGCUCCGCCACUUACAACGUACACACCCAGAUACAUCGAUAUUGGUAUUAACUUGGCAGACCCCAUCUUCAGGGGUCGCUACCAUGGCAAAUCCAGGCACCCCGACGACCUCAAAGGGGUUGUAGGGAGAGCAGUCGAUGUUGGAUGCACGAAGCUUAUUGUGACGGGGUCAUCAUUCAAGAGCUCCAGAGAUGCACUCAAGCUAGCCAGGGAAUUCCCCGGCACCGUCUUCUCAACCGCCGGCAUCCACCCGUGCAGCAGUUCCAUCUUUAGCGCCUCCCACCAUAAACACCACGACGAGAGCCAGAGCGAAGGCGAAGAAGAGUCCGAGCACACCCCAGCCUGCGACCCCGACCCGUCACGACCGAUGCCCGACGGCGACGGGGUCGACCCAGCCCGUAACGAUAAGAUCAUCGCCGACCUAGCAGACUUCAUUGCCCGGGCCCGGGGGUCUUCAUCACCAGAACUGGUCGCCUUCGGCGAGUUCGGCCUGGACUACGACCGCCUGCACUACUGCUCCAAAGAAGUCCAGCUUCACUCCUUCUCGGCCCAGCUGGCCCUCGCCGCCUCGCUGUCUCCGCAGCUCCCGCUCUUCCUUCACUCGCGCGCCGCCCACGAGGACUUUGUCCGCCUGCUCAAGGAGGCCUUUGGCCCGCGGCUCGAGCGGCUCGAAAGGGGCGGUGUGGUGCACAGCUUCACCGGCACCGUCGACGAGAUGCGCGAGCUCAUGGACCUGGGCCUGUACAUUGGCGUCAACGGGUGCAGCUUCAAGACGGCCGAGAACUGCGAGGUGGUCAGGAAGAUUGAAAUGUCCAGGCUGAUGCUGGAGACGGACGGGCCGUGGUGCGAGGUCAGGCCUAGCCAUGAGGGGUGGAAGUAUCUUGUUGAGUGGGAGGCGAAGGCGAAGGCGAAGGCUGCUGUCACCUCUGCCGCUGCUGCUAUGGCGGAGGAGCGAGCGGGUGAGCCGGAGAAGAAGAAGAAGCAGCAGCAGCAGCAACAGGGGAAGAAUAACCAGAAAAAGGAACCGGAAGUUCCGGAGCGGUACAAGACGGUCAAAAAGGAAAAGUGGGAAGAAGGCGCCAUGAUCAAGGGACGCAAUGAGCCAUGCACGAUUGAGCGUAUUGCCAAGAUCGUGGCCGGCAUCAAGGGGGUGUCUCUUGAGGAGGUGUGCGAAGCGGCGUGGGCGAAUACGGUCAAGGUGUUUGGGAUAGAAUCGUAGAUCUGAUAUUUCGGGGUAGCGGAUUCGCAACACGAAUAGACGACUGUCAUGAGGGCUAAUCUCGACGACGUUGUGCGAGGCGUAGGAAAGAGAUGACAUCCACACAUAUACAAUUCAAUACA